AUGAAGUUAUCGGCAGCAUUUGGUUUGGUCGUGGACUUCAGAUAUGCGAUUAGCGUCGCGUUCCUUCCUACAAUUCGUGCUAUUUUCCGAUCACCAUCCUUACUCUUACGCCCUCAGACAAUAUCACAGGUAUUUAUGUCUCACGUGUGGCGUACGUUCGGAGACUUGGUCGACGAAGGAGGUCGGGAUGCAAAACAAAGUCUGGUUCCUAACAAUGCGUACGGGACCGUAUUAGACGUCGGUGCCGGACGUGGACAUCUCCUUAAUUAUCUCAAUCGUGCCAGCGUCACUAAAUACGUCGCCCUGGAACCAAAUACACUGAUGCAUGACGCCAUCCGUCAAUUGGCCAAUGCUUCCGGCUAUAACGAGAAUUCGGGAUCACUUGUGAUUUUGGCCUACGGAGCUGAAGAAGUCCCUUCCAUCGUGUCUGCUCUCGGCGGUCCAAAUUCUGUAGACACUAUUGUGUCCAUCCUCUCGUUUUGCUCCAUUCCAGAGCCCAGGGCCGUUCUGUCGGCCAUGGUGGACAAUUUGUUGAGAUCUGGUGGCCAGUUGCUCUUCUACGAACAUGUCCUCAGUCCUCGGGCGGAUGUGGCCUGGUGGCAGAGGUUCUGGACCCCGAUCUGGAGUAAAGCGUUUGACGGGUGUAGACUAGAUCGCCCGACGCACUUGUGGAUCGAAUCUCUGGAUAUUUGGACAACAAGGGAUGUAUGGGCCAAAGAAGGCGAGAGUGAAGAGAAUUUAUUUUGGCAUCGGGUUGGAAGAUAUGUAAAAUCUUGA